CUGGACAUGGUUCACGCAGGCUACAUCCUGGCUUUAAUAUCCAUGUGUCUCCCAGGGCUCCUGGCUAAAAAGAACAACACUUCGACAGAGCCUGUGCACUUCAGGUUGGUAGGAGGACCCACUCGUUGUGAGGGAAAACUGCAGGUGAAACGACUGGAUAGAUACUGGAGACAAGCUGAUGGAUUUUACUGGAACUUAAAGUUAGGAAACAGGGUUUGUGCAGAACUCGACUGUGGAUCUGCUGUUGCAGUAGGACAAGUAGCGAGGCCAAGCAGGAUGAACGUAAAGAUCUGGUGGUUCAAAUCUGACUGCAGUAAUUCUUCACUUCAUGAUUGCCUUAGAAAUUCCAGGUCCACAUUAUCCCUGGAGUUGAAGUGUUUAGGUAAGUGCAUUAAUACUUCACAAUAA